AUGUCUACCCUGAGUGCAACAGCUGCUGCUCCUAGCAGUGGCCUCACCCCCUCCGACUCAACCCAAACAAUAAAAGCACGCCAUCACUACCUCCCCAUCGAACCACCCUCCUACCUCUCCACAGCCGUCCGCGCUCUCAAGGGCACUAUCCCGAUACUAACACCACCCAGCAACGCGCGCACAAAGGGGCCUUUUAAGCCGCGUUCGUCGCGAGGUACGACAAGCUAUCAACUGCGAAAGUUUGCAGAAGAGACGCUGGGUAGUGGGAGUUUGAGAAAGGCGGUCAAAUUACCGGAGGGCGAGGAUGUGAAUGAGUGGUUGGCUGUUAACGUGGUCGACUUUUACAAUCAGAUCAACUUGCUAUAUGGGUCCAUUACAGAGUUCUGUUCGCCGCAAUCAUGUCCCGAGAUGAAAGCUACCGAUGAAUUCGAGUAUCUCUGGCAAGACUCCGAAAACUACAAACGACCUACCAAAAUGUCCGCCCCAGCAUACAUCGAGCAUCUCAUGGCCUGGAUUCAGGGCAACAUUGACAACGAGCAAUUGUUCCCCAGCCGAACCGGCGUGCCCUUCCCAAAGACCUUCCCCGCUCUAAUCCGACAAAUGUUCAAACGCCUCUAUCGCGUCUAUGCGCAUAUCUACUGCCACCAUUACCACGUCAUCCUCAAACUGGGCCUUGAGCCGCAUCUCAAUACCUCUUUCAAGCAUUACGUGCUUUUCAUUGAUGAGCACAACUUGGCCAGCGGAAAGGACUUUUGGGGUCCGUUGGGGGAUUUGGUGGAGAGUAUGUUGAAGAGCGAUUAA